AGAAAAACCAAAAAAAAUAUAUGUACUUGACUUACGGUUUUUUAAUUGUCCAUGCAAAUUCCAUAAUUAUUUACUUUUGAAAAUCUGGAUUUGUAAACUCGAAAACUAAAAAAAGUUGUGAAUUGAAAAUUUUGAUUUGAAAUCCCGUUCUUCUUAUUCUUUCUCUUGUUCCCGCCCUCGACCUAAUCAAGCCGCCUGGGUUUUCAAGAGCCGGGAUUUUGCAACGAUGAGGACGAUGUUGAGGCCCCGCGAUCAUCUGGCCGUCCUCGUCGACGCCGGCAAGUUCCGCACGCUUUUCACACACUCCGUCAAAGCGCAUACCACGACGUCUCGAUCUCUUCCGAUCUACCAUUCCAAUUCUCCGCUGCACUCGAAGCCUAUUGCUCUAUACUUUUCCAAUGUUCUCAGCCGUGGCUGUUAUUUUCCGGCGAGAGCAGCAUUCGGCGGCUACAAGUUCCUUUCCGUUCGACGUAUUCCUGAUUUUUGCCCGGUUAAGAGCAUUUCUUCUGCGUCGUCUUCUGCUCAUAUGGUGGAGUGGAACGAAGCUGCUUCCGGCCCCGAAGCCACAAGUGAGAUCGAUGAGAAAAAUUUGAGAGAGGACGACGAGGACGAUAUUAUUGCCUCUGCCUCUGCGGCUAUCCCUGUUAGGGCUUUUUUCUUUUCGACCAGAGUGGAUUUAAGGAGCCUGAUUGAUCAGAACAAGCAGAAUUUUGUUCCUCCCACGUCCCGUAUGACCAAUUAUGUUGUUUUAAGAUUUGGCUGCACCAAAACAAAUCCUAAUGAUUCAGGUUUUGGUUUAAGUGGCAAUGACUGUUGUUAUAUGGUAGUUUUCCAUUAUGGUUCAAUCGUCCUGUUCAAUGUCCGUGAUCGUGAGGUUGAUGGUUAUCUAAAAAUCGUUGAAAAACAUUCUUCUGGCUUGUUGCCUGAGAUGAAGAAGGAUGAGUAUGAGGUGAAAGAGAAUCCAAAUUUAAAUACGUGGAUGCAAGGUGGGCUAGACUACAUUAUGCUGCAUUAUUUGAAAAAUUGAUGGCAUCCGUACAAUUGGCAGCGUUCUGGGCCAAAGUUGAUGGAAUGGUUGCAGAGUUUACAGAUAUCAACAGAGGAAUGGAAAAAACUGGCACUUUUACCAUGGAGCGGAAAAAGCUUUUCCAGUUGGUUGCAAAGGCAAAUUCUAAUCUUGCUGAUGUUAUCCUUAAACUUGGGCUUUUCGAAAGAUCGGUCAUUGCAUGGAAAGAUGCAAAAUAUGCUCAGAUAUGGGAAUGAAUACCUGAGAGAUGAAUUCGAGUUGACUCAGAGAUUUGCCAGCCUUGAUUUCAAGUUGAAAUUUGUUGAGCACAAUAUAAGGUUUCUUCAGGA